AUGGCGGUGUCCUGGACUUUAGGUGCAGUGACCGCUACUCCGGCUCAGUCUGCUGAAGUGGGCCAGUCUCUGAACCUGAGCUGCAGCCUCAGCACCGCGGCCGGAGACACCAUCCACCAGGUGCGCUGGCUGAGGGACGGGUCCAGACAGACGCUCCUGGCCUACAGAGCCGUCCCCACAGUCCAUCUGAGCCACCAGGAGCCUGCAGUGCUCCUCUGGCCCUCCCCACUCGGCUCCUCUCACAUCAGCAUUCAGAGCGUGAAGCCGGAGGACGAGGGCUGCUUCCUCUGCAUGUUUGAUGUGUAUCCAAGCGGUCAGCAGGAAGGAAAGACCUGUGUGACGGUCACUGGUAAAGUGAACCACAAAAACACCACCACGGCCAUCGCUGGAAAACCAACAACUUUCACAUGCUCGUACACAUUACCUGCCAGAGUGCAACAGGUUCUGUGGAGGAGGACCGGCGGGCAGGGGCAGCGGACCACCCUGGCCUCCUACUCCAAACAUGGGCAUCAGAGCAUAGACGAGGCGUUUGUGAACAGAGUGACUUUGAGUAAAAACUUGGGGGAUUCAGCGAUGACGAUGCAGGAGGUGAAGAUGGAGGAUGAAGCGUGUUACACCUGCGAGUUCCACACGUAUCCGGACGGGACCAAGAGCGCUGCUACCUGCCUCGUCGUCUAUGUUUUGCCUAAAGCUGAGGUGAGCCACACGACCCAACCGUCCGGUGCCAUCGAAGCCAGCUGCAGCGCUCGGGCCAAACCUUCAGUCCAGAUGGAGUGGGACUUUGGUGGGGACAACCGGGCACUGGGGACCCCCGUGCUAACCUCUCAUAACCAGAGCGAUGGGACAAUUACAAUGACGAGCUCAGUAUUAUUGAAAUCAGGAACACUGGGGGACGUCAGGUGUGUCAUCCACCACCCAGGGAUGGACGAACCUCUCACAGUUUCUCUGACAAAUGAUGGUCCAGCUAUGAGUGUCCUGCUGUGGACGAAACGUCGGGAAAACCUAAGAAGUACAGAUGAUGACUGA